AUGGCUAAUAUUAACUACCACGAAAUCAACAUUCAUGAAGACAUUGAGCGUCCUUUGAACGCUGUGAUGGCUAAGGAUCUUAGCACCGCGGUGAAGGUUGAGUUCCAUCUUCUUGGCGAGGGGGAGAGUGAUUUCUUACAGGUGAAGUGGUUUAACGGAGAGGGUCAGAUCUGUGAAGGCUACUUCAACAAGUUUUACAACCGAUGGCUGCGUAGCCAAUUCAUCACGGCUUUGACGGCUUUAUUUGAGCUUCCUUUCGAGGUUAUUAACCACGACAUGGAUGAUGUUGCCAAUGACGCCGAUGACGCCGGUGCCGAUGGCGGUGACAAUGACGGUGCCGAUGACGGUGAUGAUGAUACGAUCGAUGAUAUGAUCGAUUUCCCUUCUGACGCGGAUGGAACGAUCGAUUGGGAUGAGGCCGAUACCGAUGAUGCCGAUGAUACCGAGUGAGGAG